AUGACGUACGAGCAAGCUCAUCGCUUGUUACAGGAUGUUAAUGCCGAUGUUGACGAUGUACCAAGACGUGGAUCAACAAGGUCUCAACCUCAUAAGGACGAGCAUGUUGAGGGUGUUGCUGGUGGACGUAUUCCUCUACAACUCCAACAAGAAAUUCGCGAAGACCUGCGCAUGAUUACCGAUGUGGGUCGUCGACUUAGUCGUACACGAGGCUCUCAAGGUGGCUUGGAUCUCUCGAAACAAGAGGAAGUACGUUUUUCUUUGAAUGUCUCGGAGUUGGGGCAAGAAGAUGUGGAGAUUACAGUGAAAGAGAGUCUGGAGAUUCACGGUACUAUCGCUGAGCUAAUGAUCUUUGCGAACUCGACUGUGGCUCGCAGACUCGUGGAGUGUUAUCCAACCCACGCGUUGUUACGUCGCCAUCCACCGCCCACGCGACGUUGUCAUUGA